AUUCUGACAUUUGGGCUAUAAUGGGUAUGUUUGGCACACUCUCUUCACCUGAUUUGAACUUUAGCAGGCAAAAUGCUACAGCAGGACUCAAAUGUUUUAUGAAUUGGGAUAUGACCACUCCGACUCUCUCUUUUCCCCUAGAUACCCUGAUCGACUUAAACAAAAACUAUCGGGAGCGGGGUCUCCCAGUGACAGAUGGUAGCCAGGAACUGCAACCAUUCUGUGCCCAGCUGGAAUUUCUGCUGCAGUAUGAUUUGAAAGAGAAGAAAAACCUGUUUGGACAGAAAAAAGAUUACUGGGAUUUCCUGAGCCGAAACCUGACCAGGUUGUACAGUGACCCACAUGCAGGGGUUCAACAUGUCACCUCCUUGGACAAACUGAAAACUGCUGUGGGGAAGGGCCGUGCUUUCAUCCGCUAUUGCCUGGUCCAUCAACAGUUAGCUGAGACCUUGCAGCUCUGCUUCAUGGAACCAGAAGUCACCAGUGAGUGGUACUAUGCACGUAGCCCCUUCCUGGACCAAAAGCUAUGUACAGACAUUUUGAGCUCCCUCUAUGAGUUGGAUGGCGUUGCCUUCCAUCUGGCCCUCUGCAGAGAAGAUUUGGAUGCUGCGUGGCCCACAGUCUCAAAAGUUUUGCCACAACAUUCCACUAGAGCUGCAAAGUACACCCAGCCAUGGGAUGGAUUUUCUAAGGUUGGAAACUCAAACCAAGAACAUGGGCUUCAUCAAGGAAGCACUUUAGGUUACAGGAGCAAACUCAGAACAACAGAUCAAUAUGUGACUGAUUCAAGUGUGGAUGAUCAGUUGAGACCUGGGCUGGAACAGCCAUUGGAGAAAUGGAUUGGGGUCUGGCGAAGCAGAAAGAACAGUCUACUGCAGAUGGGUUCUCUUCUGAAGCUGAAUCCUUUUAUGGAAAGGCAUGUCCAGUGUCCACCUUCUGGCAAGGAGCAGAAGAAGGCAAAUGGUGAUUUGAAGGUCCAUUUGGAAAAACUGGGAAAGGAGCAGCCAAGUAGCAUGUCUUCCACCGAAGGAGUAUGUUAUCCUCAACCUAAACACAGCCUCUGCAGAAAGGUAGAUGGGAUAAUGGAAGGUGACAGCUUAUGGAAACAAGAAGACUUGAGAACAUUGAUAGGGGAAUUGAGUGUUUUACAGCAAAAGUUGGCCCUGCAACAAGAGGAGAAUACCUCUCUAAAGCAAAGUCUUUCUGAAGAGAACCGUUCUCUGAAAGAGGAACUGACAAAAUAUGAAGAACAACAGAAAGAGAAAAUAGGCAAGCAGGAAAAACAGCAACAGGAGUUGGCCAAGGUAGUAAAAGCACUCGGAGAAGCAGAAUGUAAGAUUGCCAAUUUGACUGGUGAAUGUCAAGAGGCAAGGGCCAAGAAGGAUGGUGUUGAGACAUCUCUCAAAGAGGCAGAACAAAGACUGAGUUCUCAGGAGGCAGAGAGGAGAAAACAUCUGGCACACAUGGAGGCCCAAGAACUGAGGCAACAGCAACUGUUUUCUCGAUGUCAGGGACUGCAGGAGAAAUUGAAAGUAUGUGAAGAGAGCCUGGAGAGGUGGGAAGUACAUGCAGCAGCCAUGAAGAGCCAACAUGGCCAACUGGAAACAAUCAAGGAGCUGUCAGAAGAGAAAUGUUGCAGGGUGGUAGAAAGAGAAGAAUGUUCAACUAUACUGGAAAUAGAUCCAUUUAAGGAGAAACUAGACAGGAGCUUGGCUGAAAUAAAGGACUUAGAAAAGGAGAAGGAGACUCUAAUGGAAACCCUUGUGUCUCAAGAACAAAGUCUGGUGUUUUCCAAACUAGAAAUUAAAGACCUUCAGAAGGAGCUGCUGGUAAGUCAAGAGCAUCUUGUCACUCUCCAGGUGUCUCUGGAGAAGCAGGAAAAGGCCCUGAGGGACUGUGAAAAAGCAGCUCAGAGUUUGCAAAGAGAGCUAAAUGACCAAUCUGCCUGCCUAAAGGAAACCUUGGAGAAAAACACAACCCUGGAAGCCCAGUUAGAGGAAAUGGCCAGCAAAAAGGUCCGGCUGGAAGCUGAAACUCUUGAGGAACAGAGCAGAUGGGAAAGAACUUUGCAGGCACUCACAGGCCAGCUAUGCACUUUUGAAAAAGAAGUGGUCAGGCUUCAAGAGGAGAGGCAACAGCUCCAAGCCACUCUGCAACAAGCCCUUGGAGAAGGAGAAGUCCUGGCAAAAGAGGCAGAAACUACUACUGCUAUUCUGGAGAGACAAACUCAGGAGAUUACAUGGCUUAGAGGUGAGCUGGAGACAUUGAAAGCCACCAGCCAAACUCUACAGAAAAUCCAGCAGGAGAAAAGUGAAAGCAUAGCUUCAGCACUAAGAGAGGAGUGCCUGAAGCUGAAAAAUCAUGUGGAGCAGCUGCAGCAGGAGAAAAUGCAAGCCACUGAUAUAGCAAAAAGGCUGAGUGAAGAGCUGGGGCAAUGCUGGAAUUGGCCCACAGAAGAUGCCGUUCUGCAGAGGGCACUGGUUCCUUCCAUCACAGUGACUGAUCUAGCAUGUGAGAGCAAAAUCAAGGAAACCAGGGAUCCUGUCAAGGAAAAGGACAUUGCCACAGAGGAAAAGAGCCAUGGAAUAGCAAAAUCACCUUUGACAGUGAAAGAGGUUCAGGCUGAUGUGCUUCAGGAUUUGGAAAGACUUGUAAAGAAGGGUGACAGUGCCAGACAGAGAACUGAAGUCCAUGAGAAGAGUCUAGCUGGCCAUUUGGACAAAAUGACAGAAGAUGUCCGGCAGGCAAAAGAAAUGUUAAUAGCCAAGGAGAAAACAACAGGUCAUCUCAUGGAGCAGCUGAACCGGUCUCAGCAAAAAAAAGAACAAUUACAACUUUUGCUGGAGAAAAUCUGCCAGGAAUCUGAGGAGAAGGAGAAGAAAUUGAAAGAGGAGCUGUCGGAACAGGGAGUCCUCAUCAGCAAUAUGAAAAGAAAACUUCUGGAAUUACUGCAGGAGAAAGAUGCUCUGUGGCAGAAGACGGAAGGCAUCGCCUCCCCAGCUGUGAGUUCAGUUCCUCAGAAUGUGGGGAUGUGCGCACAUUGCAAAAAAGAGUUCAGGCUUAUGUCACGCCGCUACCAGUGCAGGUGGUGCCAGAGCACUGUGUGUCAUGCUUGUUCAGUGAGCAGUGGGCACAAGGAGCGCUACUGCAUAGUAUGCUACCAGAAGAGAAAUGGUCAAAGCACAUGACCCUUGAUCUCAUCAAGCCAUCCCAUACUACCCAGCCAUAUUGCAAGUUAGUUACUCACCUAGGGGCUGUCCAUGAGUGGAUCUGAGACAUCAGAUCCAGAUCCAGAAGAAUAAAAGCAAAAGGACUCUUGCAGUGAUAAAAGAGAACUGCCUAUCCCUGUUCAGAUUGAGACUGACCCUGAACAAAGGACACUGAAGUGGUAUGGAGCAUCCCUAUUUUUUUUUUAAGAUGCAACACUAACACUAUUAGUUGUUUGCUUCAAUUGGUAUUCCAAUGAGAUACGAAGCCAUCCUUCCAGAUUCAGACAAUCUUCUCCAUAUGCCUUCAGACCUUGCAGCAGUAUAUUCUCCCAACCUUCCCACAUAAGCAAUAAAAUAUAAAACCAUUUGGAUAGGGAGACCACAAGGCAUUCUAUCCAGACUAAGUUGUGGAGAGAGUUGUUGGCCAGGCUUAAAUACUGUACUUUGAUUCAGUUGCUUGGGGAGAUAGAGGCAUAGAGGAGACUGAAUUAAUUUCUUCCCGUAUAGAAUCAGCACUCUACAGAAUAAAAAGGGGGAUGUGGAAGGGAAUGACUUCAUGGUAAACACUCUAUUUUCACUUUACAACAGCAGUGCUAAAAUGAAAAGACAGAAGAGGGAAUACAAAUGAAUGUUUUGGCCAAUGCAAGAUUUCUUCCAGUCACCACUUUUUGCUCUGCCUCUCUGCCUCAUUCAUGGACAACUCAGAUGAUGCUGACGUAAACUUCCAACCUUCCCAUGUUGUCCUUUGUCUCUAUCAUUCCAGAACAAAUCUAUUCAGGAAAAAGCAUUCAGGUUCCAAAUAGCACAUGAAAGAGUUUUGCUUCAUACUAAAAUUCAGUCACCAAUACCUGGUGCUAUUAAGAUUAGCUGGGUUGCAAGUCCCAUGGUCCUCAGUCAGCAAGGACCACGUUAGCUUAGUGUUGUAGAAAGUGUGGUCCAAUGCAUGAUCUGGAAGACAUCAGCCUAAGGGAAGCUGAUGUAAAUUUAGUAGAUCUUUACAUCAUUAGUACAGAGUAAGAACACUUGCAUGGUUGGGAAAAUGAAGUGGGGGAUUUAUGGCUAGGGAAGAGUCCUACCCUAUGAAUGAUUAUUGUGCUUCCAAUUGGUAUAUGUUUAUUCUGAUGGAGGGGAGAUAUUACAAUUGGAGCUGGGAAUCAUAAUUUGGCUGCAAUCCUAUGCACAUCAGACUGGAAUUCAGAUGUAUAUAAUUGAAUGAAUCUUGCUUCAGAACAAACUUGUAUAGAAUUGUAUCAUUUAUUAUGUAUUGCUUUGAAAUAGGCUAUGUACUUAAGAAAUUAAAUUUAAUGAAAAUCA